AAAACAACAAACACAAAAAACAGAGAAAAACACAACCUAGCCAUCAUCGUUCAUUUCAUUUAUCUUAUCAAACCAUAAACCCCAUUCCACGGAUAAUUCCAAUUCGCGUUCUUGCAGACGACCAUAAACGGGUUUUCGAUUAAGAGAUUCGAUAAACAGAAAUGGCUGAGGGAAAGAGUGGAAUUGCAAAGGAUGUUACUGAGUUAAUUGGUAGAACUCCACUGGUUUACUUGAACAAUAUCGUCGAUGGUUGUGUUGGGCGUGUUGCGGCCAAGCUGGAAUCGAUGGAGCCGUGCUCCAGUGUCAAAGAUAGAAUCGGCUAUAGUAUGAUUAAGGAUGCUGAGGCACAAGGGCUCAUUAAACCGGGGGAGAGUGUGCUCAUUGAACCUACGAGCGGGAACACGGGCAUAGGCUUGGCAUUCAUGGCUGCUGCGAAGGGCUACAAACUUAUAAUAACUAUGCCUUCUUCUAUGAGCCUCGAGCGCAGAAUCAUUCUCCGUGCUUUUGGGGCAGAGUUGGUGCUAACCGAUCCUGCCAAGGGAAUGAAAGGUGCUGUUCAGAAGGCUGAAGAGAUACGGGAGAAGACGCCGAAUUCCUACAUCCUUCAGCAGUUUGAAAACUCCGCAAAUCCUAAGAUACACUAUGAAACAACGGGACCUGAGAUUUGGAAAGGAACAGAUGGGAAAAUUGAUUUCUUUAUAUCUGGAAUUGGGACGGGAGGCACUAUCACGGGAGCUGGGAAGUAUCUUAAAGAACAGAAUCCUAACAUAAAGUUAAUUGGCGUGGAGCCGGUUGAAAGCCCUGUUCUUUCUGGAGGAAAACCCGGUCCGCAUAAGAUCCAAGGAAUCGGUGCUGGUUUUAUCCCUGGUGUUCUGGAAGUUGAUCUCAUUGAUGAAGUUGUUCAAAUUUCAAGCGACGAGGCUAUAGAGACUGCAAAGCUCCUUGCAUUGAAAGAGGGUUUAUUGGUUGGAAUAUCAUCUGGCGCCGCGGCAGCAGCUGCAGUUAAGAUUGCGAAGCGACCUGAAAAUGCUGGAAAACUCAUCGUGGUGAUAUUCCCAAGCUUUGGGGAGCGAUACCUCUCGUCUGUGCUGUUUGAAUCCGUAAGGAAGGAGGCAGAAAGCAUGACGUUCGAGGCAUGAGACCGGCUGGAUGGAUACCUUCGGAAGUUUGUCCGUGAAUGCAACGAAAUAAACAGGUGUGUGUGAUAGUUCUUGUUUUUGGAAAUGAUUCCUGAAUGUGAAUCUGAAUCUGAAACUUGAGUUGUUUUAUCUCAAUAGAUUUGCUUUUCACUCAGAGUUUGUUUGUUUGUUUGUUUUUUUCUAGAUAAAUCAACGGAGUUACUUUUAGAUUUUCCUAAGUCUACUCUUUGUAUGGGCUCUGGGUAAAUUUGGGCUUGCAAAAUCUAGGCCCGAUAAUUUACACUAAGCGAACUAUACGUUGAUAUACGUUGUAAGUUUGAAUUUAUGACGACGUGACAACUACGAAUUUAUCUUCGCAGCAA